AUGACGACUCCGUUCCCUCUCUUACGUCUUCCAAGACUUGUAUUGAUUUCAGUUUUCAAGCACAUGGAACAAGUUGAAGUAAUCUCAUUCUCACUUCUCUCUAAAAGAGCCAAUAACCUCUCAAAAAUCCUUCGCAAAAUAUCUCCUUGUUACUUGUAUCUGGAAGUAACAAGCGGUCACCUUAAUAUGAGUAUUCGUUUUGAAAGAUGGAACGAAAUGGGAUUGAGCCUUUUUUUCUAUACAGAGAACGUACCGGAUUUGGCUGAUGUCAUGAUUCGAAACAGAACAUUUACUCACAAAACCAGAUUAACAGCAUCACAAUGGUUGAAGCGUAUUCUUUACGUAACAAAUUGUGAAUCGCCGACAGAAAUUAGUGUCGACGGAGCUCCACAGUUUGAUGUAUGCAACACUCUUGCUACUUUGACUACACUUCCAAGUUUAUAUAUCAAGGAGAGCUGUGAUGACAGUUUUGCAAAGAAAGCUCUCGAAAUCUUCUCGACAGUUGCCACGGAGAUUCAAUUGUACAAAAUUCCAUAUAAGAACAGAGAAGAGUUUAAAAUAUUUCUGAAGACUAAUUUGAACUACUUGUUUAUUUGCAUUUGCCAGUUCUCGAGAUUCACUUUUGUCGACCUUCUAGUCACAAACGCUCUCAAAGUGGAAUUGUUAGGAGUCAUGUUGAGUCUUAGAGAUUUGAACCAAUUUCUUACAAAUUGGUUUCACAGUAAACACAACUCUCGACUAGAACAUCUGGAAUUUUGCAUAUUUGAAGUUUUCGAUGAAACGUGCCUUCCGGAAAUACUGAACGCUGUUCCUUUUCCAAGAAACCAAGAAAGAACGUUUCGUUAUUCAAAACAGCUAGACACUCAUUUAAAAACGUUUUCUGGUGGAUAUGAUAUCGAAAGAGCAGAUGGAAGGAAAGCCACAAUCACAUUUGAAAACAAGAUGAACACGAUGUACACCGAUUUCUAUGUUUGGCCGUGA